AUGUAUCAUUUUGAAUCCAUCAAAUUAACUUUCAUCAUGAUUCCUGAAUUACGACACAAAAUUGAACGGGCAUCAACUUACUCCGUCUUCUUUGGAAGUGGACCUCAUUAUGAUGAAAGAUCAGGUCGAUUAUAUCACAUUGAUCAAAUCGCUGGUGAUUGUUAUUAUAUGGAUACAAAGACGCCCGCUUUUGGUAAAUUUCACCUCGAACCUGGACUCAGUUUUAUAAUUCCAAUUAAAGGUCAAGAAAAUAAAUUUAUUGUCUCACAGCAGAAAAAACUUCUAACAAUUGAUUGGGCAACAAAGGAAGUUAAUUGUGUCCAAUUGAUUGAACCUUCAAAACCAACUCAUUUAAAUGACGGUAAAUGUGACCCUAAGGGUCGUCUCUGGUUCGGUACAAUGUGGUUUGGUACAUUAAAGUGGACACAAGCACCAGGACUUUUCGCCUUUGGCCUUAGUGCACUUUACAGUCUGGAUUCUGCUUCUCAUAUUUCACUUAAACGAGAUGGACUUUCCUUGAUCAAUGGAAUGGCCUGGUCAAAGGAUAAGACCAAAUAUUUCGUAAUUGAAUCAAUCGAACGACAAGUUUGGGCCUACGAUUAUGAUAAUCACACUGGAAAUAUAUCUAAUUGCAAAAUAGUUCUUGAUUACCACGAAUCACCUGGGAUCUUAAAUAGCGUUGAAGUACCUGACGGGAUGACCAUUGAUCUACAUGAUAAACUUUGGAUCGCUUCAUACAAGGGGAAGAAGGUGAUGAGAAUUGACCCGGAAACAGGGAAAAUUUUGGGAAUAAUUAAAACUCCAGCCAUUUCAACUACUUCACUCACUUGGGGUGGAUCCGAUUUUCGGACUCUCUAUGUUACUACUGCUAAAGAUGAAUUUGUCGCUGAAGCUGAAGCUGGUUCGAUAUUUAAGGUCACUUUUGAGCAAGAAAAUAUUCGUGGCUCAGCUAAUCGACCUUUCAAAUUUAAAUGAUCAUCAACUGAUUUAAAUUAGUCAACAAAUUAUCGGGAUAACCAUCAACUGGCCUUUUUCUUUCUUUUUUAAUUCUGCUCAAUUUUCGUAUGUACAUCCAAACAAAAUCAAAAGAAUUAUAAGAUUGAUGAGAUAUUAAAGUUUCCAUUCUCUGUCAUUUAA